AUGGCAUCAUCGUUAAUUCGACCUGCAUCCUCACUAUGCUAUCUCAUGUUGAGUGCUGAUAUUUAUGUACCCCAACACUUACUUGUACAGUGUCUUCAUCGAGGUAAAGUAAAGUGGCUACCGUCUUUUAUUGUAUCAGUCGGUUCUAAGGGUCUUCUUAGCUUUGAAAGGCCUUGA